AUGUUAGUUUUACAGUGGUUAGAGUGGGAUGUGUUAUCAUCAUCAUCGUAUAACCUUACUUUAGCUAUCAUGUUAGUUGUUUCCGUCUUUAUGUAUAUUGCAUCAUCUAUUAACAGGAAUUACUCCUGGGUUGAUCGUUCAUGGUCAAUACUACCAGUAUUAUAUACGUGGAUUCACAUUUAUUACAACGUCAAGGAUACUUUUCAUUUCACUAAAACUACUUCCAUUUCUACUGUACUUAAGAAUGCCAAUAUUUUUUAUGGUAUUAUUAUAACAGCUUGGGGUAUUCGGCUUACAUUUAAUUUUGCCCGUCGUGGCGGGUAUUCACGUGGAGGUGAGGAUUAUCGCUGGAAUUACGUACGGACUUGGCGAUUGUUCUCUAACCCUAUAAUAUGGGAGUUAUUUAGUUUCUGGAUUAUUGCACUUUUCCAGACAGCACUUUUAUGGGCUAUUGCCCUCCCUAUGAUAAGCAUUCGUUCAGUACCUAUUAAGGGUGAAGAUAUUAUUAUUGGUUCCUGUAUGAUUUUAUUCUUAUUAUUAGAAACCAUAUGUGAUGAGCAGCAACAACGAUUUCAACGCGCCAAGCGUAAAGUGAAAUUUCAAGGUAAUCCCAGAAAACUCGAAGGACAAGCCGCACUUCUCUCCUACGGAUUUUGUAUUACAGGUGUCUUUGGAUACAGUCGUCAUCUAAAUGUAUUUUCAGAGGAGUGUUUUUGGCUCUUCUUAACAAUGGCCGGUGUAGCUCAUGGUCAGAUAAGAUGGUGGCAGUGUACGGGUUGCGUGGCAUUACUGUUAUUAACGUUCUUUUCAACAGCUUACGUUAACGAAACUAUUUCUCGUCAGAAAUACCCUUUAUAUGCUAUUUAUCAGGAAACUACACCAAUGUUGUUUCCAUCACUCAAAGUUACCACUGCACGCACAAUUUAUAUGAUACAGAAAUAUUGUGGAAAAUCACGAUGA